GAUUUCACCAUGACCAACAAUCUCUUAAAGUCUUCGCCAGCGUGGUUCCUAAGACCCAAUCACCUGAGAAACAAUUUGGAACAGAACUUCGUCACUUCUCAUCCGCCUUCUCCGGAAACUCUUUCCUUCUUUCCUUCCGAAGAAGAAUACUGCAUAAGAAAAUACUGUCCAGUUACUCUGGGAUACUUGCUGCCCGAUCUUCAUUUCACAAGAAUCGAAGCCGUCAAAGAUGCAACACUCGACUUUGACUUCGACUUGCGACAGAAAUUCGAGAAGCACCUGGACGACACGCACCCCCUGAUUUCCGGAUCUACUUCCCUGAGCGAGGAUUCUUCGAAUUCUGACAACAAUAGCCAGUUGGGAGAUCGUAUCGAAAACGAUCUUAGUUCUGGAACUAGAAAGCCUCUCAAGAGAUUAGAAAUGCAGCUUCCAAAAGUGAAUUAUCCUCAGAAAAACAUGAAAUUCCUCUUACCCGCAGCUGAGCUUAACAACCGUAAAUCUUCUUCAGUACUGACAAAAAGUUUCUGUACUGGUUGCAUCAAUAAGAAUGCCGUGACGGAGAAAUCACCCAGUUAUCGUAAAUUUCACAAACGUAAUAAAAAUCGUAUGCGGGAAAACUCGAUCAUCAAUUUAUCGUUACCUUCCAUUGCUAAUGAAUUUUGCUUUAGCUUCAAGGAAAUGGUACCCGAGGAAGAGUACUUGUGUGGCAACUAUAAGAACAUUCCUUUUGAUGAAUAUAUUAAAGAUGAAUGCCCGGUAGUUCCACCAACAGCCAGAAGCAAGCGAGAUGCCUCAGCUCAUAGACCAAGAACUUACGACUUAAAGUAUCCCAGUAAAUUGCAUUUUGUUUCACCUGUUUCUGAAGACGCUUUGAGGCCGGUGAAAGAGCUAAGCUUUGAUCAUUUGCCGCCGUCUCCCUACAUGGUCGAGUUAGCCAGAUUGCGGAAAGAAAAAUUAAAGAUAGAAGAAAAGCUGCUGCUGAAAAAAAGGCAACUUCAGGAAAUUGAGAGGCUCAGAUCACCUACCUAUAAGUGGUAAGUUUUGC